GGUUAUGUUCCUGCAAAAAAAGCUACGCCAUCUUGACAAAAUUACGCAGCUGGUUAAUUGUAACGUCACAUAUUUAAAAAUUAAUUAAUUUUAGUAAUUUGUGUCUUCAUUGUUCACCAAUUCACGUCAGCGAAGGCUCACGGAAUGGCAAAGUCGCGAAAUAAUUCCAUGUGCCUGAUUGAGUCAGAUUAUUUGUCCAGUGAAGAUGAAGGGAGUGACGCAUCAACUGGUUCCAAUAAAAAGACCGAUUUCUUCAAGCUACAACGAAAGGAGAAGUGUACAAGCCGAAAUGCUAUAUUGGCACGACAGAAUCGCAUACGAAAGAAAAUGUACAUCCAAAAUCUCGAGAAUAAAAUAAUCAAAUUGAGAAGUGCGAGAGAAAAGUUAAAUUCAAUUGUACAAAGUCAAUCGGUUGUUAUAUCAGAGUUACGUACGGAGGUGAAAUACAUAAGAAGCGUGCUAGCGAACAGUUCAGAUUUGAGUAAAUUAAUAAGAAAUAUAAGCAACAGCUCAGGUAUGUCUGUAACAACUUCUUUGGAUAAAUCGUUGACAGUCAACAACUGUGUUUCAAAGCUUGAUAAUAAAUCCGCUCAUCCUUGGGACGAUACAUUUAUGUCAUCACCGUUAUUGGAACUUCCUGAUUUAGAUCUACCAGAUCUUCCUCUCCCUGAUUUGGAGAAUAUACCCGAAGAACAUUCCAGUAGCAUAGUACCUCGACAGGAACAUAAUUAUACCAAGUUAGACUUUGAUGACGAUCCCGGUGUCUGUCUUCACGUAUCGAAACAUAAGGUGUCCUUGGAGUUUUGUUCACAAUGUAACGACAAUGCGUGCCAAACUUGGAAGGAAUUGGAUUAAGACUGAUCGUAAAAAUGUUGGUUUAAAAUGUCUGUAUCAUAUUAUUUAUAUUGUAUAAGUGCUCUUUCCUUACACUUUAGCCAAAAUUUGUAAAUGAGAUUUUAGGCUUCUGUAAUUUUUUCAGGAGCUUCGGGCAGCAGAGGAUUCUGGAGCUUCUCGAGAUUCUCUAUGCAGUUAAUGCCAAGUUGUCAUGCGAAUGAAAUUCUCAGCUUGUGAAGUUGGGAGAACGGGUUGAGUAUGCAAAAAAAUUGUGUCGUUCCUUUUUUUUAUUAUUUUUUUUUAAUUUCUGCUUUUGGAUUAAUUAUACAGUUGAUUUAAAGUUAUAGUCAGUAGAGGAAAAAGUUCAGUUUUGUGACCAUCACUUUGAAUCACUGCAAAAUUUAUAUCUAAGAUACCUUUCUUUGGUAGAUACAUGAUAUAGUUUGAAAAGCACCAUACUAAUUAAAAGCAAUCUUAAGUUUCAGCUGGGUGGAUCGUCAUAUCCAAUGUGGAGGAAUCGUCUAAUUUAGUAAUACGCUAUGAUGAUUGUAUUAAGUGAGUGUAAGGAAAGUAGCAAUAAAUUUUUGUUAAUGUUA